AUGAAGAAAAAGAAAAAUUAACCAAAGUUCCCUAUUGCUAGAAUAAAAAAAAUAGUUUAGGAAAAUUAAGAUAUUGGGAAAAUUUGUAAGACUAUUCCAUAUAUUUUAUCAAGAUCUCUUGAACUUUUUUUAGAGGACAUACUUUAAUAAACUGUAUAGGUUUGCAAAGAUUAUGAUUUAAACAAAGUUCAACCACCUGCUCUCAAAAAAGCGAUUGAACUUUCAAAAUAUAAUUUUAUUGAGAAAUCACUUGAAGGCGUUGAAGAUUUAGAAAAUAGCAAAUUAUUGAAGAGAAAAAAAAGUUAAUCAAAGGAAUAAGAUCCUCUUGAACCUAAAAUAGAGAAAAAACUUAAAAGAGGAAGGUCAAAGAAAGAAGAUAAUCAUGUUGGAAAAUAAGAUUCAAAAAAGAGUAUACCCACAAUUAAUAUAGAUGAUGACGAUGAAGACGACGAUGAUGAUGAAUAUGUCUAAGAAGAAGAUGAAGAUGAUUGA